CCAAAAGUCUGAUAUGUUAAAUUUUAUCAAGAGCAUCUUUUGAGAUUAACGAAGAGUCGAAGACUUUUGAGAAAGAGAGAGAGACUUGAAAUUCCAGAUCCAACUUUUCUUCUUCUUCUUCUUGUUCACCAAUCUGGUAGUAAUACGACAAUGGAUUCUGAGGGAGUAUCACUACCGUUGAUCCACGAUCAGCCUUGGAAUGAUAUGAGGAAAGGCGAUUGUUGUGGACGUUUGGAAGCUAUCAGUGAUGGUUACUAUUGCAAAAGCUGUGAUUUAUUCGUCCACAAGAAAUGUGGCGACGAGUGCUCCGAAUUUAUCGAACACCCAUGUCACUCCAUUCACACUCUCAAGCUUGUACGUGGAGGGAGGAUAAAACGAGGUAGUUAUUGCGAGUUAUGUGGAAAGAGUAUAAACGUGAACCUAUGGUAUCGCUGCAAGAUCUGUGACUUUGAUGUGGAUCUACAUUGUGCCAAGUACCCACCACCAGAGGUCAUUGAAGUUUCCGAGACGCAUCACCACAAGGUCACCCUUUUCAAGGAACAAAUCGAGUUUGUUUGUGAUGCUAAAUGUGGGAAGAUUGGUAAUGGGUUUCCGUACAGAUGUCAUGAAUGUGGUAUAUCCUUCCAUGUUGAUUGCGUAUGGAAUCCGUCGGAGGUAAAACGCCUGUCAGAGUUAAACCACUCUUUCCAUUCCUCGCACCCUCUUAAGUUCCUGACGGGUCAACCACCGGACUAUUGUGAUGGAAAAUGUCGUCUUUGCAGAAGAGAGAUUGAUGAGUUAUUUUAUCAUUGUUCUCCAUGUAACUUCACCUUGGAUAUGCAUUGUGUUUUAAACCCACCACCGCAAUCAUUUCUGGAUUUGAAAGCUCAUGAUCACCAACUCGCUCUUCUCCCAAGACUCAUUUCGUUUACAUGUAAUGCUUGCGGGUUGAGUGGAGAUCGCAGCCCUUACAUAUGUGUUCAAUGUGAUUUCAUGAUCCACCAAGACUGUCUUGGCCUUCCACGCAUCAUAAGCAUUAAUCGCCAUUAUCACAGACUUACUCGCACUUCUGUUAUUGGUGUUGUGAAUUCUGUAUGUGGAGUUUGCCGCCGAAAGAUGGAUUGGACUUGUGGGGGUUAUUCUUGUCAAAUGUGUCCGAGCUAUUUCGUUCAUUCUAAAUGUGCUACUAGAAUAGAUGUGUGGGACGGGAAAGAACUUGAAGGAAUACGUGAAGAAAUUGAAGAUAUCGAGCCAUAUGUGGUAAUAGAUGACACAAUACAACAUUUCAGCCACAAAGAGCAUUACCUAAGACUCCAUGUUAAUGGUCAUCUUUGUGAAGAAACGAAGCGGUGCAAUGCUUGCACCCAUCCCAUUUGUCUCCAAUCCUUCUAUGGAUGUGUUGAUUGUGAUUUCAUUCUCCACCAAUCGUGUGCCGAUGUUCCUACAAAGAUAUGGCACAUGCUGGACAAUGAACAACUGACUUUAGUUACAAGCGAGGACAAUAUUUUUGAGUGUUAUGCUUGUCAUAGAAUGUCCAAUGGUUUCAGGUACCAGCAUAAGGAUAAGGUACUAGAUGUCCUAUGCGGAACAAUUCCCGAGCAAUUAUACCAUCCAAGUCAUCCCCAUCAUCCCUUAUAUUACAUUCCACAAGAUGGAAGCAGAGAAUGCAACGGUUGCAACGAGUUGGCAUCUCCUGUGCUCACGUGCAUUGAAAGUGGCUGUGAAUUUGUCUUGGAUUUCAAAUGCGCCACUUUACCACUUGUGGUAAAGCACAACAUUGAUGACGAUCAUCCUUUCUCGCUAUGCUAUGGCAAAAAGGCUUGUGGUAAACACUGGUGUGACAUUUGUGAAAAUGAAUGCAAUAUAGAGAGAUGGUACUACACAUGUAAAGAUCAGGAGGAUAGUUUGCAUCCAAGUUGUGUGCUCGGAGACUUUACAGGGCUAAUGCCAACAAGCACAGUAGAGGUUUUAAGCAGAUCAUUUGAGGUGGUGCUCAAUAAUAGUGUAUACCGUCCAUUUUGCAAAUGGUGUAAGUUGCGUUGCUUGUACCCUAUCAUGUUGAAGAUGCUUGGAACCUCGGAUACAUACGUUUGUUCUAGUGAUUGCCUUUUUAACGUGCUAGAUUCUAUCAACGGAGUGGAUAAAGAAUCUUGAAGCCCAACAAUGCAAUAAAGCACGUGAAGCCAAAGAAGAUAGUCUUAAUAAAAUUUUAGAACUUCAUAAGAGGUUUCUUCGUGUGAUUUCUAUUUCUAUUUUUCUCUGUACUUGUAAAAGUAUGAUGUUUUGCUAUUUGUAUUUCUUAAGAACUCUGUGUUUUUCGAUCCACAUCUUAUUUUUAUUAUGACUUGAUUUCCCCGUAA